UGUUUAGGUUAGGAAUGCAAUGCAAGCAGUGAAGGGAGGAUGUGUGUGAAUUUAUUCUGAGCAAGAAAAUUCACACAAGUUUAAUUUGUAAAAUUUCGAAAUAUUUAUUAUUUAUUCCAACUACCGUAUAAAUCCAUUAUUACUGACUGACUAUACUGCUACUGCUGUACGAUUGAACUUAUUUAUUUAAGUGAAUAUUAGAAAGUGUGUAAACAUAAGAUUGAACAUUGCAUUGUUUAAAAAAAGAAGAAUAAACUGAUUUGAUUGACGAUUUGAAAGAGAUUAUAUUGAGCUGCCAAGACUAAAACAUUAGUCAAUUGUGAAUAUGAUGGGACAUUAGUUUAACGAGAAAGAAGUGGACAUGCCCAAGUGUCUUCGUGAUAAGAAGUACUCGUCCCCUCCUCUUCCGCUUCGACUUAAUCUCGCAUCGUUUGUUGUAGUUAUUUUCGUCGUCGUUUUAUGUUCCUUGCAUUGUAUUGACGCUAGGCCUUCUCCGGAUCGUGACGAUUUUUGGGACUUCAAGAAAAAGAAAAACAGAGAGGACUUUGACUUUGACGACGAAGAAACAAUGGAGACAAUUGUGAAUAUCAUUGUUGGAGUCGUGGUGUUUUUCUUUGUUGCAAUUAUUGCAUUCAUUGCUUGCCUUUGCUGUCCGAUAUGUCUCCUGGCUAAGAUGCGAGGUCGGCGCCGUGGAGUCGUUUACCGAUCCGCCGUAGAAGCAAAUGGAACCACUGUCACAACAGAAGAGAGACGUGGAGGAACGACGAUAACUAUUUCUGCUCCACCAUCUCGAGCACCGAAUGCUAACCAAGUGCAAUCAAUUCCUGUCGCAUCCUCGACAACUACGAGUCCUUCAGUGAUUGCAAUUUCGAACAAUGCGCACAAACAGAAUAAACCGUACCCGGUGCAAGAGUCGGUCACCGUUGUUCCUCUCGUCGUUCCACAACAACAACCACCAAUGAUGAGCCAUCCCGGAUAUCUGCCACAACAACAACAAGUUCCUUACCACCAGUAUCCACAGCCUGGCUACCAACAACCUCCGUAUGAUCCAUCUCAGCAACAAUACCCUGGACCUGCCGAUCCACCUCCCCCCUAUCCAGGGCUUACCAGGGACAUUGAUAACGCCAAUUUGCCAUUCAACCCUUAUUACACUGACGGUCCUCAAGCAUCUGCUCCUCCUACCAAACAAUAAUUAUUCAACAAGAUAAUAACAUAAGGAACUGAUCUGAUUUUCGUGGUAGCGAAGAAAACAGAGAUCCUAGACACAUAAUAUAAUUAUAACCACGCAUAAGUAUUUUUCAAGCAGCCUUACUAUAGUAUAAUGCUAUUCUGACAUAGUGUCUUUGUCGCACUCAUGAAGUUCAUGUACCUUAAAUUAAUUGAUUCCUUGACAAGGGCUUACUUCGUUUGCCAUAUUUAAGAUUAUAAAAUGGUUAUUUUCUAUUUCUGACGAUACAUUCGAUUAAAUAAUUCAAAGAUUUUGAGAACAAGUCACUUAUGAGUUAGAAUUUACAGUUUUUGCAAUCCAAUUUCCAUUGUCCUCAACAAAGUACAACAAACGUAUUUCAAUUAUGUAUGACCUUCGACUUUGCAACUUCCUGCAGAGUCAUUGUGCAGGCAGAAUUAUUUGUUUUGCCGAAAUCAAAUGUAUCCAUAAUUCCCCAACACAAUUCUUCAUCAAUAACUUCGACGUAACUUAUGUAGAUAUACAAUAUCGAUAAACCAUAGGCCUUUACAAGUACCAACAAACAACCAAUAUACCUGUAUCGCUAGUAAGAAGACUGUUAUUAAUUAGUACCCGUGUAAAACCACAAAUCAAUUAUGCGCAUUUGUUCCUAAUAAUAAAAUAUUUCCCGUCAAGUAAA